AUGUUAAAACCACGGGAACUUCGUUUCAUACUUCAAGUUGAGGUAGAGAAGAGAGUGAUGCUUGAGUUAUCAUCGUAUACAAAACUUUCUCAAUCAGAAACAGUUAAUAAAACAGAGAGCGAAAACGAAUCUGAUAGUCUUGAGAUUUCUGAAAAGUCCACGUCUUCAUCCGAAGACCCGAUAGAUUUAGUUCUGCUUGAGAUCGGAAGAAAGAAAAAAAAAAUUAAAAGAAAAUAUAAACGACACCAAAUGGACAGAGUUCGUAGUUUCGGUGGAAGUGAAUCGUAUGAGGUGAGUUCCGCGAAUGUUUGA